UUGUUUUGGACAAAUGUGAAUUAGAAUUUAUACGGUUGGCGACUCUGUUAUUGGAAUACUAUGGAUUCUUGUAAAGUGCAGCUGGCUGUCAAAAGUUUUUAAAAAUAACGCGUUACUUUAACAGAGAAUUUUUCAUUGUAAAAAUAAAAUCAAAACGAUCAAUCGAAAAAUUAAAUCAUCAUGUUAACUGCUGCAGCAAAUACUUUAUCAAAUAAUGGUGGAUCAUACAGUAGUGAUAGGCCAUCAAGUGCAGGAGAUCCAGAGCUUGCAGCAGAUCCUGCAUCUGGUGGAUUUUUCCAUUCUGAUUAUAAAAAGCAUGAAGAUUUAAAGCAAAUGCUAGAUAGCAACAAAGAUGGUUUAAAGUUAGAAGCUAUGAAGCGUAUAAUAGGGAUGGUGGCUAAAGGAAGAGACGCGUCUGAACUUUUUCCAGCAGUAGUAAAAAAUGUUGUAUCAAAAAAUAUUGAAGUAAAAAAAUUGGUAUAUGUAUAUCUAGUUCGUUAUGCGGAAGACCAACAAGAUCUUGCACUCUUGUCAAUAUCUACAUUUCAAAGAGCUUUAAAAGAUCCCAAUCAAUUGAUAAGAGCCAGUGCUUUAAGAGUUUUAUCUAGUAUCAGAGUUUCUAUGAUUGUGCCCAUUGUGAUGCUUGCUAUUAAAGAUUCGGCUAGUGAUAUGUCACCAUAUGUACGUAAAACUGCAGCACAUGCUAUUCCUAAAUUGUAUUCUUUAGAUCCUGAACAGAAAGAAGAAUUGAUUGGAGUUUUAGAAAAACUUUUAUCUGACAAAACAACCCUUGUUGUUGGUUCUGCAGUAAUGGCAUUUGAAGAAGUAUGUCCAGAAAGAAUAGAUUUAAUACAUAAAAAUUACAGAAAACUAUGUAAUUUAUUAGUUGACGUUGAUGAGUGGGGUCAAGUAGUCAUAGUUAACAUGCUCACAAGAUAUGCCAGAGCACAAUUCAUUAACCCUAAUAUAGAUAGCUUAGAAGAAGAUGAAAAUCGUCCAUUUUACGAUUCGGAUUCGGAUUCCUCUAAUAUGAAAAAACCAAAAUUUUCCAUAGAUCCUGAUCAUCGAUUGUUAUUACGAAAUACGAAACCACUUCUACAAAGCCGUAAUGCUUCAGUUGUAAUGGCGGUAUCACAAUUAUAUCAUCAUACAGCAGCACGAAGUGAAGUUAUGAUUGCAGCAAAAGCAUUAAUAAGAUUAUUAAGAGGUCAUAGAGAAGUCCAAAGCAUUGUAUUACAUUGCAUUGCAAGCAUGUCAAUUACAAGAAAGGGCAUGUUUGAACCCUUCCUGAAAUCAUUUUUUGUAAGGACUUCAGAUCCCACACAUAUAAAACUAUUAAAAUUAGAUAUAUUAACGAAUUUAGCUACUGAAACUAGUAUUGGGGUAAUAUUAAGAGAAUUCCAAACAUAUAUUUCAAGUAGCGAUAAAGAAUUUGUUGGAGCUAGCAUCCAAGCUAUUGGUAGAUGCGCCAGUAAUAUAAAAGAAGUUACAGAUACAUGUUUAAGUGGUCUAGUUUUUUUGCUAAGUAACAGGGAUGAGGCUGUUGUAGCAGAAAGUGUUGUUGUAAUAAAAAAGUUAUUGCAAACACAGCCAAAUGAACAUAAAGACAUUAUUGCUCAUAUGGCCAAAUUAAUGGAUUUUAUAACAAUACCUCAAGCAAGAGCAUCUAUUUUAUGGUUGUUAGGUGAAUACUCAGAUCGUGUACCAAAAAUUGCACCUGAUGUUUUAAGAAAAAUGGCAAAAAAUUUUAUUAACGAACAAGAUAUUGUUAAGUUACAAACUCUUAAUUUAGCUGUCAAAUUAUAUUUGAACAAUCCAAUGCAAACUAAACCAUUUUGUCAAUAUGUUUUUCAACUUGCAAAAUAUGAUCAAAAUUAUGACAUCAGGGACCGUGCACGUUUUCUGAAGCAUUUUAUUUUUUCUGAAGAUAAUGAAACGAAAAAAAAGUUUCCUGAAUUUGCGAAAAGAAUUUUUCUAGCUCCAAAGCCAGCCCCUACGCUAACUUCAAGAUUUAAAGAUUCAGAAUUUCAAUUGGGUACUUUAUCUCAUUACUUAAAUAUGCCAUGUGCAGGAUAUCGUCAAUUGCCACCUUUCCCUGAAGUAGCACCAGAUCCAUCUGUUAGAAAUGUAGAACCAACAAAUGUACAAGAUAUAAAAGAACAAUAUAAAUAUACUCGAAAAGAAAGAAAAGAAAAAAAGCAAAAAGCAAAGGAAAAGCCUUUUUACAGCGAUGAUGAAAGUACUGCUGAAGAAGAAGAAGAGGAUGAAUCUUUGGAAACUUCAGCAAGUGAGAGUUCUGACGAUGGAAGCGAAUCCUCUGAGUACUCAGCUGAAACGGAUAAGUCUGAAAGUAAUGAAAAAAAGAAGAUUAUAAAACGAUCCGAGGAAUCUGACAGUAUGACGGAUAGCGAAGAAGAUUCAGACUCUGAAGAAGAUAGUGAUUCUCAAGAUAGCGAUGAAGAAGAAGAAGAAGAAGAGGAAGAGGAGGAAAAAGUUAUUAAACCAGAAGAAAAAGAAAAACCAAAAAGCAACUUAGAUUUACUUUUAGAUUUAGACGAUGUUGUACCAAUGACACCGAUAAUGACACCAAGUUUAGGUGGUUUUUUAACGCCUAUUAAUCCAAUUGCUGCAGAUGGCAUUAGAGAAGUCUCUACCUCUUUUAUACCUAUUAAAAAAUAUGAAAUGUUGAAUAGUAUUACGGGACAUGGUUUGAAAGUAGAAUACAGAUUUACAAGGUCACAACAUUUAGUUAGCGCUCAUUUGAUUAGCAUCGAAUUAACAUUUAUAAACGAAGGAAAUAAACAAAUCAAAGAUAUACAGAUUGGAAUUAAGAAUCUUCAAAAAGGAAUGCAAAUUCAUGAUUUUGUGCGAAUAUCAUUAUUAGAAAUAAAUUCCACUCUAUCUUCUACAUUAGGUGUUAAUUUUAAUGACUCCAUGCAACCGGCAAACUUUAAUAUUGAUUUUACAAUCGACGAAGAAAAAUAUUCGUGUCCGGUGACUAUUAAAGCUCCUAUAGGAGAAAUAAUCAGAUCAGUUUUAUUACCAGAAAAUAUGUUUAAUAACGAGAAGGCAAAAUUAAAAGGUAUGAAUGAAAAUACAGCAAAAAUAUCAUUUACGGGAAAUAGGAAAUAUCUAUCUGAAAAAAUUUUCGAAACGGCGAACGUUGCAAUGAUAUCAAGCGAAAAUGAAAUAAUAAGAUUUGCUGCUCAUACUUUAGCGUCAAAAUCAUUGGUAUUAAUAACGAUAAAAAUCAUUGACACAGAACAUUUGGAAAUUUGUGUAAAUUGUGAAAAAAUGGUUAUAGGCUCUAUCUUAUUAAAUGAGUUUAAGAGUAACUUAAAAUGAAUGAAAUGUUUCCUAUAUAUAUAUUAUAUAUAUAUAUAUAUGAUAGGGAUAU